AUGGUGGAAUUUGUACGUAAUCCAGUAGGAGGUGUCUUCUUUGUGGUUGUGAUCUUCUGGAUGUCUAGUUUACUUGGUUCUAUAUUUAUAAUGGGUCCAUUCUUGCCUCUAUUGUUUAUUUAUACUCCACUGUAUAGAAAACUCAAUGACUAUCUUCUUGCUUGUUGGAUUUGUUUCCCACUGGCUUUCCUUGAAAAAGUGUAUGGUAUCAAGAUUGUUGUGAGUGGAGAUGCGUUCAAACAUGGUGAUAAGAGUGUGAUCAUAAUGAAUCACAGGACUAGACUUGAUUGGUUGUUUUUCUGGUCUUGUCUUAUACGAAGAAGUCAACUUCAUUAUGAGAAAAUCAUGCUAAAAAAUGAGCUGAAACAUGCGCCGGGUGGAGGAUGGGCCAUGCAAGUCGCUGCUUUCAUAUUUGUCCAUCGUAGGUGGGAAUUGGAUAAAGCAAUUCUGUCAGACGUUGUGGACUAUUUCUCUGCACUCAGACAUCCCACACAAAUACUGAUGUUUCCUGAAGGCACGGAUCUCAGUGAACGAAACAGAGAGAGAAAUGCUGUGUAUGCCAAAAAGAAUGGGUUGCCUGUCUAUGACUAUGUUUUACAUCCUAGAACAACCGGCUUUACAUUCCUUGUGGAAAGUUUGAGAAAAAAUAACAUGCUGGAUGCUGUCCAUGACGUUUCUGUCGCUUACCCACAGAACCUACCGCAGAGAGAGAUUGACAUUUUAAAAGGUGACUUCCCGAGAGAAAUUCAUUUUCACAUCAAGCGACAUCCAAUUGCAACACUGCCCAUCGAUGAAGAAGGUCUUCAAAAAUGGUGCAAUGAGCAGUGGAGUGAAAAAGAAGAAGUCUUAAAGGAAUUUUAUAAAAACAAGCGUUUUGUUAAUGUUGAAAAUGUUGAAACUGGUAUAUCUACGAGAAUUCAAAGUAACCUACAUAGUCAAUCAGCCAUGAGUCUCGAAAUCUAUCUAGAUGGUUUUAACGACUGCCCUGGAGAUGACCUUUGCAAGCAACAACAAACAAACAUAAAAGACAAUAAUAAGCGUAAACGUGUAAAAUCCUUGUAUGAAUGUGCCAUGUGUGGUUCAACUUUCUAUUUGAAACAUAAGCUUUGUACCCAUUGGGAGAUGACUGGACACAAACAAGUCAUGAACUACAAGUGUAAACUGUGUGAGAAGAGAUUUCAUAAUACACGGACUUUCUAUAGACACUCACAAGAACACAUUGGUGAUAAGACGUAUACCUGUGAUGUGUGUGGAGUUGCAUUCUUACAUAGACAUGUUCUGAAUUCUCAUAAAAAACUCCACUCUGUAAGUAAUGGUACAGGUAGUUUACAGUGUGAAAAGUGUGGAAAAAAUUUCAGAACACAGAAUGCUCUUCAAGAACAUUCCACAACAAUACACAUGAUUGGACAGAUUAUCACAUGUGAUCACUGUGGAAAGAAAGUUGAGUCUCAAAAUGCUCUGCUUCAUCAUCAGCUAAUAUUUCAUCCACCUAAAUUAGAGCCUCGUCCAGUAAAACUGUUCAACUGUAGCAUCUGUGGUAAAAGUUACAAAAACAUGCAUAGUCUGUUCACUCACAGGAGGGUGCAUGUUAGAGAUGAUGCUGUGCGUAAAUUUCUCAAGAAGAAAGACCCACAACGGGAAAAUGGAUUGAAAGGUUAUGCUGCAAUUGAUAACAAAUGCAAAAAUAAGGUGCUAGAGCCUGUGAUCUGUGAACCAUGUGGACUAAUGUUUUACACAGUAUGGCAUCUUGAAAAACAUGCACAGAGCUAUCAUCUGGAGGAUCAGAAUUACAAAUGCCGUGUCUGUUGGGCUAAAAUCAAAGGUUUUUGUGAAUAUUCCAAACAUUAUCACGCCCAUCCUAACCUUCAAGAAUGGCAUUCAUUUCAUUCAAAACCCAAAGUAUUACAUGACAUACUUCAUAUUACAGCUAGUAUGACUUACAAAGCUGAUAAAACACUUGAAGUUUCAUACAUUUCCCAAGAUUGUUAUGCAGUGACAGACUUUUCUCACUAUAGCCUAGAAAAGUACAUGCCUUGUCAAGCAUUACCCUCUAAACAAACCAGCUGUGUUUCAGCAUUUUCACUGUGUUUUGAAAAAGAACACAACAGAGCAAUAUGUAUGGGUGAAUUCUUUAGAGCCAAACUAAUGUAA